GCCGAAAUCUAUCACAAGAAUCAGUUGAGACUUAAGGCGAACAGAAUCGACGAUCCAACAACUGGGACGACAAGCUAUUUCUUGUUACUUGCAUGCACAUUUGCCGUUUGAAGAAAGUGAUCAUGACAAACCAUUCCCGAUCGAUUGUUUCCCAAGUGUUGCUGGCCUUCACGCUUCUCGCCUUCGUUGUUCUUCUGGCCUCGCCGUCCAACGCCUUUGCCCAGGAACCGAAGAGGUUCCAACGCAACAAUGGUCGGGAGUCGCAGGCCACGGCAACAACGUCGAACGUCGGCAGCAGCAGCUCGACCUGCCUGAAUUCCACCCCACAAUCUCCAGAAAACCAGCAGUCACAAACAAACAAACCCGACCUGGUCAAGCAAGAUGUCUUCAAGGCGGCCAUCGAUCGGGUCCAGGAUGAAAUCGAGGCCCAAUACAGAGCCCAACUGGAGAUUGAACCGUCCCCAGAGGGCGAGCGGUGGCUGGCCGAACGUGCCCAGGCCAGGGAAGAAGACCAAAAGUAUGUCUUUUUGGUGGGGAAGCUCGAUGUGGAUCUUCCGAUCGACACCCAGCCCGAGCUCGACCUGACGGAAUCCAUCGGUCCGCUUGUCUUGGUGACAAACGUAUGGGGCCGGACCGCCGAAGCGACGGGGAUGCAGUCCUUCGACACCAUCACGAAGGUGAGUGUCAAGGGCAACGACGAUGCAGGUGCUUCCUUUGAGUACAAAACGAAGGGAACGCCUCUGCAAGAAACGGCGGGAGCUCUCACAGCGGCCGCUCAGCACGCCAUAUCUACCGGCAAGACGGAUAUCCAGCUGGAGGUCCAACGCCUCAUCAAGGGGUACUAUGCUCCCGAAGACAAAAUCUAAGAAUAUUUUUACAAACUCUGUCAGACAACUGAUGAACAAACAACAAAUCCAUCAACGCAGU